GCGGUUAAGAUGGCCGCCCUUUGCCGCGAGCGUCUCCAAGGCAAGAGGGCGGCCGCCCCCGCCCUAGUAAAGAUGGCUGCCGUCUGCCAUGGGUGGCAACGUGACUGAAGCCUCAAAGAAGAUGGCGGCCGCCCCACGGGGCGGAAUACGAAAGUCUCUCCCCCGCAGCGCCGCCCUGGGGCUAAAGCCCAGACCGCCCUGGAGGGGGGCGGGGGUGCAUCCUCACGCUCCCCUCAUAAAGCCAUAGAGACGCUCCCCCCGGGCAGCUAGAGCGUCGGUUCCAAGCAGCCGCGCGGGCGGCGGUCCAAGGUUAUCGGCGUCGAGCUAAGCCCCGCUUCCUGCCCUGGCCAUAGAGGAGCCGGUGGAGUCGGGCAGAGCGUCUCCCAGCCCGGCCAUAGAGUAGCGGCCGGCUCGGGGGCGUCUCGCCAUUUUAGAGGAGAGAGGCGGAGGCCGAGCCGAGGCCAGUCAGGUGCAGAGCUGCCAUGGGAAACACCACCAGCGAUAGACUGUCUGGGGAACGCCAUGGCUCCAAAUCUCACCGCUCCGAUGGAGCCAGUAGCACCCAUUCCACGAAGGAUCAUCCCCACAAGAUCAUGGUGGGCAGCACUGAUGACCCCAAUGUUUUCAGCACCCUUGACUCCAAGCUUGCUGGGGAGAAGGAGUUUAUGUCAUGGCAGCAUGAUCUGGAAGAGUCAGUAAAGCCUUCACAGCAGGCUCGUCCCACUGUCAUCCGCUGGGCUGAUGGAGGCAAGGAGGUCUUCAUCUCUGGGUCCUUCAACAACUGGAGUGCCAAGAUCCCACUCAUCAAAAGUCACAAUGACUUUGUUGCUAUUCUGGACCUGCCCGAGGGUGAGCACCAGUACAAGUUUUUUGUGGAUGGCCAGUGGGUUCAUGACCCUUCAGAGCCUGUGGUCACCAGCCAAAUGGGCACCAUUAACAAUCUGAUUCACGUCAAGAAGUCUGACUUCGAGGUAUUUGAUGCAUUAAAGGUGGAUUCUUUGGAGAGCUCAGAGACUUCAUGUCGAGACCUGUCUAGCUCCCCACCAGGACUCUAUGGCCAGGAAAUGUAUGUGUAUCGACAGGAGGAGCGCUUCAAAUCCCCACCCAUCCUCCCUCCUCACCUCCUCCAAGUCAUUCUCAACAAGGACACCAACAUCUCUUGUGACCCAGCUCUUCUACCGGAGCCCAACCAUGUCAUGCUCAACCACCUCUACGCACUCUCCAUUAAGGACGGCGUAAUGGUGCUCAGUGCCACUCACCGCUACAAGAAGAAGUAUGUCACCACUCUGCUGUACAAGCCCAUCUGAUCGUGUGCCUCGCCGCGUAGCACACGAGGAAUGCCAUGUUGUCUGCACGCACUGGGCCAUAGGCCUACAAAGAACUGGUGGUUGGCUCUAGCUGAACCUGGCAGGGGUGGAAGGGGAUGACCCCAGCCCUGCUGGGUGUCUGAGCUAUUCCCUCUGUAUUCUGUUGGUGAGAUUUGAUUUGACCCUGUCAUAGCCUCCCUCUGUGGGGUCCUCUGACUUUGCUGAGUUCCCUGGCUUGGCCUGCUGCCUGGCUCCCUGCAGGGGAGUCACAGCAGGGAAGGAGCUGUUGGAAGCUCUUCCUGCCUCUGACUGUAAAGGCUUUGGCCAGUUCCUCCAGCAGUUGCCUGUGAUGGGGCAGAGCCAUGUCACUCUCCUUUUGUACCCCAUGCCAAGGCCCUCCAAAAUGGCCUGCCUCUGGGCAGAGUGCAGGGGGUGUCUGUACCUGAGCUCUGCAGGCCUGGGCUGGCUUCCUACCUCCCUGCACUCAGCUGAUGGGACUGGACUGUGCACCUGGCUCCCCUGAGCAGAGACCAGGGUUAGUUCCAACACCCCCCACCCCGCCCUCCACCACCACAUACACACACUAUCCUGCCUGCCUCAAGCAUCGCCACCCCUCUUGAGUGAGCUGUGGGCUUAGGCCCCAGAAUGCUGAGCCUUGACUUUUGUGGGGCCUAGAGGUGAGAAUUCCCAGGUUUAGGCCACAGCAGAAUGGCUCAGUGCUACCCUCCCCUGGCCAGUGUAGCAUAGGAACUGCUGCUGUGACAGAGCAAUUAGCACCCCUGAGAGGAAGACCCUGAGCUGCUGAGAUGUCUGUCGCCUCAGAGCUCUCUCUCCUGCUGUGGGCCAAGGGAAAGGCGGCUGCUGCUGGGUCAGUGGCCUUUGCACAAGCUCUCACAUGUUUCCCAAGUGCCAGUUUGGAUAUUUUGUGGGAAGAACUGCAUUGCUAGUGCCCAAAGCUGGCUGGGGUGCUCCGUCUGGGCAGGGGCUCUCGCAUGCACUGGGGUUCUUGGUCUGGAAGCUGAUCUCACUGUUGGGAGACAGUCUCCUGCCCCCUUGCACUGAAGUGGCUGGUUCCAUCUUAGCUAAGAGCUUUCCUAGGGUCCCAGUGCAGCCUGUCCCUCAUUGUGCCCCUUCUCUCACUCCUCAGUGCAAGGUUCUGCCACUGCCUCAGGCUGGUCUCCACAGAGCUCACUGGCUCUGCAGCCCUUCUUUCUGGGGGGAGCACACUAGUGGCUGAGCUCAGCCUCCCUGGCUCACUUAUCCUGAGAAAUGUUUAGGGAGUGUCAUUGUCACAAGCCCUUUGGGCUAAGCCUCUGCCAGGUUCAGCUAUUAGCUUGCAGGUGUGGGUGGGGAGAGGGCAUUGCCAGUGCGUGCACUUGCACUUUAGCAGUCACUUGAGAGCACUGGCUCCCAGUCCUCUUGGAGUACCUUCAAGGGAGGGGGGAUUGCUUUGUGUGAUGGUGAGAUGAGCAUGGCUAUGCAUACACUGUAGCAGCUUCCAGCGGGGCCACAGUUCUGCUGGACCCUGGAAGGGCCACAGAUGCCUGUGUGGGAGGCCAAGCUGGACAAGCAGUAGCAGCUUCUGCCCAGCCCAGUCACACCAGCACAGCCAUAGUGCUCACUGACCAAGAGGGAAACUUCUGCUUAGAGGUGAAAAGGAAGCAGGGCCAAGCCCCUCCUUCUUGGGCAGCUGCCUCUUCCCCCUUUGGGGUGGGGAGGACUUGGCAGGAAGGGCUCCAGGUUAGCCUGGCACUGCUCCAGUGCUGGGAAGAGCAGGCACUGGCUCUAGGCGAUUGAUUGAUUAUUGCUCUCUGUGCUGCGGGGCCAGGUCAUUGUGAGGGCUGGUGCUAGCACUAACAUAUAGGAGAAAUGCUGGCGGCCUCAGACCACACCAAGAGCCAGAGGGUCAGCUUGCUCCCUGAUAACUGUCCCUGUGAGCACCUGACAGCUGCAGGGGCCAGAGGGCCAAGCUGAGGCAAUGCUGCCAAGCUGCAUGGGGCUGCUGCUGUCAAGGUGGAAAGCCCAGAGUCUGGGUGCUGUGGCCACUUAGCUGCCUGCCUGGUGAGCAUGGCUCUGUGGCAAGGCAUUGGGGCUUGGCUAAAAGAAAGGGCUUGGACAUGCUGGGCACUGGCUCCAAUUGCCAAACCCUCACAGUCCUAGAGGCAGGGGCCUAAGAGGGGCAGGUCUGGUGCUGGUUGGUGCUUGGGUCAUACAGCCAGGAGAGCUCAGCCUACAAGGGGGAAGCAGCUGAGCCCCUUGUCUUGGCCCAGGCCUGUAGCACAGCAAAGGAAUGCAGUGAGUGGAUAUCGCAGCUGAGGGCUGCACGUCAGUUCCCUGCAGGCUGCACGGGGGGGGGGGGUGGCACCCCUGGGCCUGUUGCUGCCCUGCAGAAGCAGCAGAUGCAAAAGCCCCAGGAGGCCCUACUGGUUCUGCUGUCAGUGCCUGUGCUGUAGCUCAAGGCUGUGCUUUCCCGCAGGAGCUGCAGCAGGCUAGCGACGCUGCAGGGGGUGAGGUUAGCCUCAGCCAGCCCUUUCUGAUAACAGCCCGGAUAGCUGUUUGCUGCUGGACGCAACAGCUGGUAGCUGGGGCGAGGGGCCUCUCAGACCUGGGGGCUCUCUCAUACCCGGGUUUGGCCUGAUGCUCAGGCAGUCAGUGCUGAGGCAAGGGCAGCUCCUUGCUGCUGGCCCUGGGAUGGGGGUACAAGCCUUGGUUUGGGGUGGGAGGGACACUACAUGUGCCAGGCUUCCUUGCUGAUUUGAUGCAACUCAUAAAGCUAGGCUAAGGCAUUGGCCCAAAAAUGUGACUAAUAAAGUUUGUUACAGAG